AUGGCCCUGGAGAUCGAGUGUCGCAACACUUUCAUCCACCUGAAGGAGGAGUGCGAGGACAUGGCAGGCAGUAGCAAGGUUCGCGCUCACAGCUCGCCGCCGGGGCAGCUGCGCCCCACGAGCUUCGGAAUGGAGACUACGAACGUUGUCUCCCGGAAGAGCGAUGGCCAGACGCCCACCACAGCAUGCGGCUCCAGCCCUACCAGCCCAAUGAGCUGGGAUGACAGCCCUGGCAGCCAAGAGGGCCCGGAGCAUGUACCCGUCUUGGCGGAGUUCUUCCCGCUGCUGCCCAGCCAGGGCAGCCUUGGGCACCCGGAGGUGUGUCGGCGCCCCUGCAUCUACUUCAUCGCGGGGAACUGCGAGAACGGCCGUGCAUGCGCCUACUGCCACAUUGAGCACACGGAGAAGACGCCCAAGCUCGACAAGAGGCAGCGCACAAUCAUGCAAGGCUCCUUGCUUGAACCAGGUUAUACUUGA